AUGCCAUUAGCCAAAAUCGCUUCACGACCAUUCUGUAGCUACGUUGCAUUAGUACACUUUACAGAUGUGGUAAAUACGACAACAUGGAAAUAUUCGUAUGGUGGUAAUAUUGGUAAAUACACCCACUGGGUUAAAAAUGGUGGUAAACACAGACAAGGCAAGAGAAGUUGCGUCUACAUGUCCACAUCUGAUAAAUUGGGGUAUUGGAGAACAACCAGCAACUGUAACCUUCCAAAAUCUUCUAUCUGUCAAAUAGAUAGCAAUACUCCUGUUAAACAAGUUACCCAGCCGUCUUAUGUGUUUAAAUGUGAUAGAAAGUGGAAGGUACAGGGUAAUAGGUGUUAUUAUUUCUACAAGGAUGGCAACAAGAAUUUCUACGACGCCCAAUAUUGGUGUCAGGGUAAGGGUGGUGACAUGGCAGUAAUACCAGACCAGGAUACUCAGGAUUUCAUUACAGAUAAUAUAAACCAAAACGGGAAAUACUGGAUCGGUUUGAUAGACAUGGAUACAGAGAACGCGUUCACGUGGAUUGAUACUGAAACAGACUAUAACUAUACCAACUGGAUACAAGGACAACCUGACAACUUUAACGGACAAGAGAACUGUGUUUCAGUCAUUGGUAAAAGUAACAAUGAAGGCAAAUGGAAUGAUGAUCAAUGCAAUAAAAAAUUAUAUUUUAUUUGUCAAAAAAACGCCGCCUACGUUCAGAACAUUGUUAAAACAACCACACCAAAACCUAUUAGUGUAAAAUGUGGACCGUUCUGGGAAGAAGAUCCCCAUUCUGAUUUCUGCUACCAGUUUUGGGAUAAAGAUCGGAUCUGGAACGAUGCUAGAGCUAUGUGUGGAAGUAAUGGUGGUGAUUUAUUAAGUAUUACAUCAUCAGUUGAACAGGCAUAUGUUACAGGAAGAAUAAAGGGUAUGACAUCAGAAGUUCUGUGGAUAGGAGCCAAUGAUUUGAAAAGAGAGAAGGGUUUUCAGUGGACGGAUAGGUCACCUUUUCCUUAUAUGAAUUGGCUCCCAGGUGAACCCAAUAACAACAAAAAUUCUGAAGACUGUGUAUCCAUGUUUACCAGUAGUGGAAUGUGGAACGAUUGGAAAUGUACCAACAGAGCUGGAUUUGUGUGUAAAAAAUUGGGUAAAACAACAGCGACACCAUCUCAACCCACAACGCCACCUGCAUCAACACCAGAAGGAAGCGUAUGGGGAUGUCCCAGAUUAUGGAGAGCGUUCAGAGGAUCUUGUUAUUUGUACGUACCCGAGAAGUUAACCCAAGGGGAUGCCGAGUCAAACUGUCGUGUCCAAUCUGGAAAUCUGGCCAGUAUUGCUGGACCUGCUGAAAAUAAAUUUCUUCUAUCAAUGCUUCCAAAUGCCGGUAGACAUAAAGACAACAGGGUUUGGUUGGGGUUCAAUGAUAUCCAAUCAGAGAGCGAGUUUGUCUGGUCAGACGGCGAGAGAGUGACGUACACCAACUGGGCAGAUGGCGACCCUAAUAAUUAUAAGGGCGACCAAGAUUGCGUGUCCUUUUUAUCUUAUCAUGGUGGAUGGAUAGAUGAAAAUUGUGGUGCUGCAAGAUCAUCAGUUUGUAGAAAAGCUAGACAAAUUAUUUCGGGUAAAAUCUAUACAACGGGCUGUGAAAAGUAUCCAGGAAGUUUAGGAUACCGUGGUAGAUGUUACCAGUUCAACACAUCCCCUGAUAGAUCUUGGAUGUCUUCUGAAAAGUACUGUAAAAAAAAUGGCGGACAUUUGGCGACUAUUUAUGACAAUCAUGUGCAGGCGUUUCUAGCCGCUGAGAUAUCCUUAAGGGGAGAUGAUUUCUGGAUUGGUCUAUCAGACUAUUUGACCCCAGGGCGGUACAGUUGGUCAACUGGUAUGGUGUUUGAUUAUACCAACUGGAGCGAGAAACAUACAGGCAAUGAAAAAAAGACGUGUGUCGCUAUGCAAGCUGUCAGACCCAUUGGUUUAUGGAGGAAUGGAAAUUGUACAGACAGUCAUUCGUCAAUCUGUGAACUACCUCGACAAGGUUCCUUCACUAACCCUGUUAUAACACAAACUACAGCUAGUUCCCUCCCUUGUCCCACUGCCUGGAAAAGCUACCAAGGGUAUUGUUACAAGGCAUUUACAUCACAGAAGUCAAAUCAACAAUCGUGGACUGAAGCUUUAACAAGUUGUCAAAGUCUUGGUGGUGAUUUAGCAUCUAUACAUAAGGCUGAACAAGAAUCGUUUUUUCAAGAAUUCCUGCUCCAGAAUCAAACGGGUUAUUUCUGGAUUGGACUCAAUGACCGAGCCACAGAAAGAAGCCAUUCUUGGAGCGAUGGUUCGCCAUUUGAUUAUGCUAACUGGGCAGACAAAGAACCUAAUGAUUGGAACCAUCAGGAAGAUUGUGUUCAAUAUUCUGUUCAAGCCAACAAAUGGAUGGAUGAUAACUGUUACUUAGGUCACAAUUUCAUUUGUCAAUUACAGAAAGGUUUAACUCCACCAACCACUAAUGUACCACCUACUGCUGUUACAUCUGUAGAACAAUGUGGAAACUCGUCCUGGUUGUUUUAUGAUAACUACUGUUAUUACCUCAGUCCAGAACAAGGUUCAGAUGCCAAGAAAAAUUUCUACGAUGCUGAACGAUUCUGCAACUCCCAAGGAGCUCAUCUGUCCAGUGUUCAUUCUGCUGAAGAAAACGGCUUCCUUACAACUUUGAUGAGUAAACACCAUACAACAAUGUUUUAUAUUGGCUUGAACGAUCUAGAUCUCGGCCCGUAUAAAUGGACGGAUGGUUCUACUGUACGCUAUUUAGCUUGGGGACCAAGUCAACCUAAUGAUGACAAUGGCGGGGAACGCUGCGUUCAGAUAUAUUCUAAUAGAGGAGUGUGGGUCGAUAUACCAUGUGGUAUGGUCAAUGGGUUUGUCUGUAAGAAAUCCACAGCAUUUAGUAAAAUCAUCACACCACCAUCUAUGGUUGUACAACAGGGAGGAUGUCCAUCUAAAUUUACAGCAGCCCAGGGAUCUAGUAAAUGUUUCUAUGUGGGAGGAGCUUUAUCCAACUCUCCAGAGCACAAGAUGAAUUUCACUGAUGCUCUGUCAAGUUGUAGUGCAUUGGGGCCUGGUAUUGAAAUAGCAAGCAUUAAUUCUUAUAUUGAACAAUUGACAGUUACUAUGAUGAUUAAGAAUGCUGUCACCGGGAUCUGGAUUGGUUUAAAUGAUAGAAGAAGAAAUGGAUUGUUCGUGUGGCAUGACAACACGGAAGUUGCUUUUACCAACUGGGGACGGAAGGAACCAAAUGAGAAUCUCAAAGACAAAACAGAUCAACAAGAUUGUGUAAUGGUGAUACCACGUGGAAGACGAUCUGGUGGAUAUUGGGUGGAUGCCGCCUGUUCGAUGAAAAGAGGUUUCCUGUGUCAAACAAAACGAAAUCCUGUUUUAGCUAAUCCUAUCCCAUCAAAACUCGGGUGUACAGUGACCGGAUAUCAGCGAUAUGACAGAAGUUGUUACAGUCUGAAAACAGAUAAGAAGAAUUGGCAGGAUGCGCAGACUCAGUGCCAGCAAGAUGGCGGUAACCUGGCAUCUAUAUGGGAUAUAUAUGAGCAGGCCUUUGUAUCGCUGCUAUCUAAAUCCAUGAAGGCAUAUAGUUGGAUUGGACUCAACGACCAAGUUAGCUCUGGAGACUAUCACUGGAAUGAUAAUUCACCUGUAACCUUCACUAACUGGGCAUACAACGAACCAUCAAAACGUGACGGAGAGGGAUGCGUGGCUAUGAAACUUAACGAUAAAUUUGAUGAUGUCUUUUGUAAUUCAUCUUUUCCUUACAUCUGUAAAAUAGUCGUUGAGGCAGCUAAACCCACAACAAAACCGGUCCAAGCAGCUUGUGGAAGUAUAUGGAUCCCAUAUAAAGAUCGAUGUUUUAAAGAUUUUUCCAAUCGAAAUAUGAGCUGGGCUGACGCCAACACCAGGUGUAAACGUAUGAGAGGAGAUUUAAUCAGUAUUCACGAUGAAGCAGAAGACUCCUUCGUCAAGACUUUGAUAAAGUAUCCUGAUAGAGACAUUUGGUUAGGACUCAUCCGUGCCGAAAACGGUGGCUACCAAAACAGCGACAACACGCCUCUAAACUAUGUCAACUGGGACGACGGGGAACCGUCUGAUGCCAAUAACACCAUGCAUCAAGACUGCGUGGCCAGAGUUACAGAGACUGGAAAAUGGGACGAUCUGACUUGCAACUUUAAAAAGGGGUUUAUUUGUGUCAAAGUCAUGGCAACAAGUAAAGUAAAACAAUCAUUGUAUCCGGUAACAGUAAAACAGAUAACCAAUAGACCGAUAACUGCUGGUCCAGUUCUUACAAACAAAGCUCUAAACCCAUUUACUAACAGACCUGGUGAAAAUAUGAACCCAGCAACGUUACAUAAUCGGUUCUUUACGGUCGAUACUGGCACCCGUUCUCCGUUCACAGAUAAUACCGGAAAUGGAAUCACGGCAGCUCCUCAAAAGCAACCGAGAAAAGGAAGCUCUUCCGGUUUAUCAGAUGGUGGUGUUGUAGGAAUUGUUUUUGCCGUGUUAUUUUCACUGAUUGUGUCCUUUGUAUUGUUAUAUUAUCUAUCUAAAAAGUACCAGUGGACCUUCAACUCGAUCAGACACGCAAAAGGUUUUGAUAAUGCUUUGUAUAACAUCAACGAGGACACAGUUACUGUAACCAGUGAUGCACAAAGCUAA